AUGGUCAAAGUAGUUACAUCAGCUUCAGAAUUUAAUGAAGAAUUAAAAUUCAAUGGUUUAGUAGUGGUUGAUUUCUUUGCUGAAUGGUGUGGACCAUGUAAAAUGAUUGCACCAUUAUUAGAAAAAUUUUCAAAAGAAUAUUCAAAUGUUAAAUUUUUAAAAGUUGAUGUAGAUAAUUCAAGUGAUAUUGCUCAAAAAUAUGAAAUUAGUAGUAUGCCAACUUUAAUUUUUUUCAAAAAUGGUGAACAAAUUCAAAAAGUCAUUGGUGCAAAUCCAAGUGCAAUCAAACAAGCAAUUGCUUCUAACGCUUAG